UCGGAGAUAAACAAUAGUUGGCUGGCGAGCGCCGAGGGUACCUCCCGCCGCGGGGACUCGGCGGGCCGCGCGGGACCGGCGGGAUCGCGGCCAGCCGGCCAUGGCGGGGCUGUACUCGCUGGGAGUGAGCGUCUUCUCCGACCAGGGCGGGAGGAAGUACAUGGAGGACGUUACUCAGAUCGUGGUGGAGCCCGAGCCGGCGGCCGAAGAAGAACCCUCGCUGCGGCGAUCGCCCUCGCGGCCGCCGCCUCCGCCGCGGUCACCGCCGCCCCCGGCCGGCGGCGAAGUGUCGGGGAGAGGCGGCGCCGAGGCCGCCCGGGAGGCUCUUGCGGCGCCGCCGGAUGCCGGGGCCUCGCCGGCUCCCGGCCGCUGCUGCCGCCGCCGCUCCUCGGUGGCCUUCUUCGCCGUGUGCGACGGGCACGGCGGGCGGGAGGCGGCGCAGUUCGCCCGCGAGCACCUGUGGGGUUUUAUCAAGAAGCAGAGGGGCUUCACGUCGUCCGAGCCGGCGAAGGUGUGCGCCGCCAUCCGCAAAGGCUUCCUCGCCUGUCAUCUCGCCAUGUGGAAGAAGCUGGCAGAAUGGCCAAAGACGAUGACAGGUCUUCCCAGCACGUCAGGGACAACUGCCAGUGUGGUCAUCAUCCGAGGCUUGAAGAUGUAUGUUGCUCACGUGGGCGACUCAGGGGUGGUUCUUGGAAUUCAGGAUGACCCCAAGGAUGAUUUUAUCCGAGCUGUGGAGGUGACGCAGGACCAUAAGCCGGAACUGCCCAAGGAGAGGGAGCGAAUCGAAGGGCUCGGCGGGAGCGUGAUGAACAAGUCUGGGGUGAACCGUGUGGUUUGGAAACGACCUCGGCUCACUCACAACGGACCUGUGAGGAGGAGCACAGUCAUUGACCAGAUUCCCUUUCUGGCAGUAGCCAGAGCACUUGGUGAUUUGUGGAGCUAUGAUUUCUUCAGUGGUGAGUUUGUGGUGUCACCUGAACCAGACACAAGUGUCCACACUCUUGACCCCCAGAAGCACAAGUAUAUUAUCUUGGGAAGUGAUGGACUUUGGAAUAUGAUUCCACCUCAAGACGCCAUCUCAAUGUGCCAGGACCAAGAGGAGAAAAAAUACCUGAUGGGUGAGCAUGGACAAUCUUGUGCCAAAAUGCUUGUGAAUCGAGCACUAGGCCGCUGGAGGCAGCGAAUGCUUCGAGCAGAUAAUACUAGUGCCAUAGUAAUCUGCAUCUCUCCGGGAGUGGACAGUCAGGGAAAUUUCACCAAUGAAGAUGAGCUCUAUCUGAACCUGACUGAUAGCCCUUCCUAUAACAGUCAACAAACCUGCGUGAUGACUCCUUCUCCAUGUUCCACACCACCAGUCAAGUCCCUGGAGGAGGACCCAUGGCCAAGGCUGAACUCCAAGGACCAUAUACCUGCCCUUGUCCGUAGUAAUGCCUUCUCAGAGAAUUAUUUAGAAGUCCCACCUGAGCUAGCUCGAGGGAAUGUUCAGGCUGCAGUGAUUUCCUCAAAAGAUCCAGAGCCACUGGAAGAAAAUUGCACUAAAGCCCUGACUUUAAGGAUACAUGAUUCUUUGAAUAAUAGCUUGUCCGUUGGCCUGGUGCCUACCAAUUCAACAAACACCAUCAUGGACCAAAAAAAUGUGAAGAUAUCGACCCCAGGUCAAAUGAAAGCCCAAGAAGUUGAAAGAACCCCUCCGGCAAACUUCAAACGGACAUUAGAAGAAUCCAACUCUGGCCCUCUUAUGAAGAAGCACAGACGGAAUGGUUUAAGUCGUAGUAGUAGUGCUCAGCCUGCAAGCCUCCCCACAGCCUCCCAGCGCAAGAACUCUGUUAAACUUACCAUGCGACGCAGACUCAGGGGCCAGAAGAAAAUUGGAAAUCCUUUACUUCACCAGCACAGAAAAACUGUUUGUGUUUGCUGAAAUAUGUCUGGAAAUUUUUUCCAAACUUCUUAAAGAGGGCUUUUUUGAAUUUGGUGCCGACGUUGAACUUUUUUUAAGGGGACAAAAUAAAAAUAGUAUGAGUUUGACUUUUUGGAAUUCAACAAUUUUAGCCUGGCCUUGUACUUGCUUGUAUUAUAAAUGUGAAUUUUGUAGAUGUUAGGGUGUAAGUUGCUGUAAAAUGUGUGUAAAUUUGUAUCCUUCACACAAACUCAGUCUCUUACUCUGAUACACAGUAAAUGUAACAACAGGGCUAAAGGUUUAAAGAAAAAAAGAAUCUAUUAGAUUUUAGAAAUACAUUAAAACUUUUAAAAAUGAUUAUUAAGAAAUUUGUAUGUCACUUGUGAUGAAAACUACACAACUUUUUAAAGUAAAUUAUUAAGCAAACUGGAAAAGUGAUGUAUUUUCAUAGUGACCUGUGUCCCACUUAAUGUUUCUUAGAGACAGCUAGUGUCUUUUUAAAAUUAUUUUUUAUUUCUAAUUUCAUAAUCCAGAACUAAAUUUUUCAUAGAAGCCGAAGUGUUGAACCAUGCAAAAGUAGCUGGGUGUUAGUCUCCUUGUCCUAAUUAAAAUACUAUGCAGUAUCUCUUAUUUCAUUUAGUAGCAUUUUUUCUAAAACAUUAACCAUCAGAUUUGCUCACCAGAUCUUUGAAGUAGAAGGAGGUAUGUUUGCCUAAAGAGAUGCCCUUUUCAAUCAUCCCAGACAUUCAGUGGCAUUAAUAAGUCUUAAAGUAGUUAUAUCCUCUUCUCGUGUUGGAUAAAAUAUGUGAAGUUUUUCUUGCUAUUUCAAUAAUGGAUGGUGCUGCUAAUUCCCAACAUUUCUUAAAUUAUUUUAUAUAUCGUACAGUUUUCAUUGAUUAUAUGGAUAUGUUUGUUCAUCUAAUAAAUCAGUGAACUGUUACUGAUGUUGCUGAAUUAUUGUUAUUGGUUUGUUUUAAUGAUAUAUAUUAACUUUGUGUUAUGCCAUGAUCAAGCUUUAGAAUAACAACUUAAACUGUAUGUAAUGUUCAUUUUUGCACUCUUUAAUUUUAACGGAGAGUACAUCAACUCAGGCUAAAUAUCCAAUAAUAAGAAUAUGAUUAGGUCAGUUAUGGUUUGUAAGAAUUUGAUGAAAUAUUAUGUAGCAAUUGAAAGUGAAUAAAACUAUUAUUUGAAAAAAACUAAAAGGAACUAAUACUGAAAUAUUAAGAGUAUGUCGUUUUGGGGUGAUGAGUUGUUUUAAAAAGAGAACUUUUUAAAAUGUAACAAUUUAGAAUAGGACUCUAAAUGAGACAUUGAAGAGUUAAUUCAUGCAUUCAACAUUGACCAUGCAUCUACAGUAUGCUAGGAACUGUGUAAUUGGAAGCAUACUAGCUGUCUGUAAGAGGAUUGAGAACAAGUGCUCCAGGUGAAACAUUAAUUUUGGCUAGUUUUUCAAGACUAGAGAUAGAUCCUGGUGGCUCAGACAGUAAAGAGUCUGCCUGCAACGCAGGAGACCCAGGUCUGAUCCCUGGGUCGGGAAAAUCCCCUGGAGAAGGAAAUGGCAACCCACUCCAGUAUUCUUGCCUGGAGGAUCCCGUGGACAGAGGAGCCUGACAAGCUACAGUUGAUGGGGUUGCAAAGAGGUGGACGUGACUGAGCGACUAACACUUUCAAUUUCUUUUUUCAAGACUAGAGUUUGCUUUUCAGAUCUUUCUGAGAAAAUGAUAGCAAGUACCAAACGCUUUUGGACUCACCUUUUUGUGAAAGACUUUUUCAUCUUUAUUUUUCCGAUCAACUUUUUAAUGUAAAAAUACUGGAAUUUUUCCUAAAUUAUAUUUUUAGUAUAAUAGAGUCCAGUUUCAUACCAUACUAGUAGCUAUCUAAUUAAUACUGUAAACAUUUUUGGUUUGAGAUACAUAACUGAAAGAAAAAAUUAACUUGUUUUUUUUGGUAUGUGUUCCUAGGGCUGUUUUUAGGCCUGUUCUUUAAGGAGGUAAAGAUGUCAUGCAAUCGCAUAUAAUGUUUUAAUGUUUCUAUUUUUAUUAAAUUUUAUUUGCUUAUCACAUAAUAGA